UGCCGCUCGACAUCACGCACACGCAAACGCGAGAUAAUGUAACCAACUUCACUCCACAAAUGUUCGAUCUCUUUUAACUACGCCGAGGCUUGUACUUUUUGAGGAUAGCGCUUUUCGGUAAUUAUUGUUUUUCUUGUUAGUGUAGUGUUUUUCUUCUUAGUGUUUAUCUAGUCAAAAACAUGGCUUUAACAGUUGCACUACCACUGGCUGGAUUGGAGACAGAAGAUUUUAAUUCGUUCAGGCAUAUCAUAGACAUAGCGAGCCUGUCCCAGUCUCAAACGAGCCCGAGCCCAUCUGUCUCCAGCGAAUCUAGCGGUAUCGGCUCAUUGGCCUCAUUGAAAUCCGAGUCGGUCAACAACGACUCCUUGCCGUCUAGUCCUCAGACAACAGAGAAGAAACUAUUCGAAACUGUUGUGCAACCACAGCCGCGUCCGAAAGAGACAAAAGUUGAAGAUGUCAAAGUAAUGUACGGAGGGCAUGAUAUUCUUAACUUGAGUGCUAAUCUCACGGAUCCUCGAUGGAACUACCGCGCCACGGUACUGCCACCCAAUAAUCCUGCAUUGUUCUUUGCCAACCGAUCGCAGUACCACCGGCUGGGACCCUAUGGAACUCGCACGCAGUAUGUAAAAGAUUCUUGCCGCAUGUGUGGCUUCUCAUGGGUUGUAGCUGCCACAGAAUAAAUCGACACAUUGACAACGUAUACUUGAAAAAAGGGAAUUUGGAGUUAUGCCUGGGACACAUCAGGAUGCAAAUCAACAUGUUUAGUUUGUCACAUUAAUGGUGCUUGAUGUACCAAUGUAAGUUUUCGUCACCGAUGACUUCAGUUCGCUAUUUAUAUUAUAAUGAAUUUAUAACCUGACGACCUGACUUUUAGCCUGAAAUGUCAGGGAUUCCUGUUUUCUACCAGGUACUAUUUAUUUUAGCUAAUGAACAAAUUUUUCAAUUGAACUGAAGCCGCCGGCUCGUGACAUUUUAUUCUCAUAUUUUGUUAAUUGUAUUAGCCUGAUGUGUCCCAAUUCUCUGGAUGACUGUGGAAUAUGUAUGUGGCAAUCGUCCUGCGAAUUCGUAGAGUUACAUUUAUAAAGUGACUUAAUACUGUGAUCUUAAUUUAAAAAAAGCAAUUUUUGACAAAUUCUAAGAAACGUGUGACGAUAUAGGUUUGUUUCGUUUUUAUGUUUAACUUAUUUAAUUGUGUGAUAAAUUAAAAGUUAGGUUACUAUGAAAAGUAUAAUGCCAUAAGUUAUUACAAAAAUACAAAAUCGGCAUUUUUUUUAACCAAACAAUUGGGAUCUUGAUGAAUAAAAUACCAAUCCUGUAAGUUAUAAACUAACAUAUUAUACAACAAAGCCAGAAAAUGAAUAUUAUCUUAUACUACGUUUAGUUCCUCUUAGCAAUAUUAAUAAUUAUUUGUUAUCCAAAGAAUCUUGUUUAAUACGAUAAUGCAUAUUAAAUUUAUAAAUUAUUGAAAAACAAUUGACAUAAAAUCAAUUGGUUAAGAAUGUUGACCUAUAGAUUUUGUGCUUGAUUUAUUUAAAGCAAUAUUUAAAUUUUUAUUAUGGACUUAAUAAUAUCAUAAUGAGUUAUUCCCACCAUUACAUCUUAUAGAUAUUAUUUGAAUAUUGUUUUAUGAUAUUUAGCUUAGGCUUGUUAAUAUAUUCCACAGUCAUUUAU